ACAUUUUCAAAAUUGUUUUCUUUUAUGGAAUGUCAGAAUUUUCUGUCACAAAAUUUGUAUCUGCGUAAAGCGGCGAAAAUUCCCAAGGGCGUUACCUUAAGUCGUUAAAAAUUAUUUUCGCCAAGUGCGUACCAGGACGAAAUCCAAUCUCCUGCAACCAGUUCCGGCCAAUCAUCCGGCCUGCCACCUGUGCGACACACUUCAUUCGAUUGCCGAGAUUGUCGAAGGCUUAGAUUGAUGCCCGACGGCUUGCCGAAAACUCUGCGAAACAUUUUCAAAAUUUUAGUCUCUAAAGGGAUUUAAGAUCCACGUCGUUUAAAAGCUCGCAUCCAGAAAUGACGCUACUUAGCUGUCCGGCCCCUGUGGGGCUCAGCCGUGCCAAAAAUAGUACCCACUCGCAAACCAAUCAGUCCAUGAAGCGGAUCAGUUGGCGGAGAUUGAUGUCGGUGCUGCCCCAAUCGGUGGUGCUGCCGCUGGGAUAUGCCCCGCUGGCGAGAGCGCCACUCGACUUGAAGAGCCUCUUUUUGGUCCAGAGGCGCCUCCAGGAAGACCUGCUGGGCUGUGAGGCUCUGUGGACCAUGUUUGUGGCUGCCGCGCUCAGCUAUCGCUACAAGACCCGCCUUCGACCAUUUCCGAGAAGUUGCCAGAGCAUCGAUCACCUGUGCCGCGUCCUGGCGGAUGUGCCCAGGCUAGAGACCCUCCAUGAGAAUCUCCUACUCUGCGACUACCAGUCCUGUACCCCAAAUGUGGUUCGCCUGCUGUCGGAUGUCUUGGUGGAUCAGGCCGAUCGGGUGUCCUUGACCUCCCUGCGUCCCAGGGAGUUCGAGGAGCUGUACAACCACCUAGGCAUGCCCACACCCGACCGUGCCCCCACUCAAAUAUUCGAGGUGCGAUCCGGGAAAGAGAAUCGACGGGCGGCGGCCUAUAGCCUUUUGAGCAAACAGAAGAAGGAGUGCGUCCGACUGGGUUUCUGUGGCUGCCCGCUGGAGAAGCUGUACGCUCUCCUCAACGCCGAAUGCCUGCCCGAAGGCAAGUACCUGGAGCUGACUAGCGAUGUGAACGAGGCACUGUCCCGGAGCAAGCCCCAGGCGGGACUGGGUGGCUCCCUGUGCGGUUCCAUAAUCCGGUGUGUGGCUGUGGUGGAGUUUGUGUUCCAAGGCAACGAGACGAGUCCGGACAAGAGACAUGUCAUCGUGCGUGAUGCGGAUACCAUGCAGGUCUCCUACCUGAUGAUCUAUGGCCAGAGCUGUGAGGAGCACGAGGCCGAGAUGGAACUGAUGACCCUGCCGGGUCGAAAGCUAAUCAAUUGGAUUGGCAGCUUCGAACAGGAUGCCCUGUCCGUGGGCGUCGGCCUGCUGAUAGUCUCCUCGAUGGCACAUUUCGGCAGCAGCUUCUUUCGACUUUUCGCCCGCACUGGCUUUCACAUCCUGAAGCGAGGAUUGCUGUGACAACUAUUAUUUGCUGGCUAUGUCCGUGUCCAUUCCCUGUGACCUUCGACUGUCAAGAGGAUUUUUAUUACCGACUUUAGUCUGUCGAUUUCACAAACUAAACUCGAUAAAGAAUAAAAAUCCUUUUGCCAGUUGCUGGCACAGGCGUCAAGUUAUGUGCGAAAUGAAAUCGAUCUGUGUUGAAAACA